ACAUCAGUGUGGUAAUGGGGAAAAGGAUACGAAUCCGCGCCUGCAAGUUGCAACAAAUCUGGCUCCAAGAUUGGGCCCCCAUUUCCAUGCUCCAAGCCGCGCCGCCGCCGCCGCCGCCGGCGACGACGCCAUUGCCGACCCUGUCCUCAUCCUCCUUCGUCGUCGUCGCCCGUCCCCGGCGACCCGCAUACCACCUCGCUUAUGUUAAGGUCUCUCUCUUUGCUACUCCUACACACAUCGCUCCCCUCCAGGCCGACCCCAUCUAGGCUCCUCUCUUCCGCCGCCGCCGCCGUCGCCACCUCCGUACCCGCCUUCGGUGCUCCAAAUGCCCGCGCGCAUGGAAGGGUCUCUGCCGUGCUGGAGAUCGUCGGCCCCAUCGAGCUCCUCUUCCCGGCCUCCGAGGCGCGCCUCUACGUGCGCCUCGUGCGGCGCUGCGCGCGCGACGCCCUCGCCGCGGGCGCCGCCGCCGCCCACGCGCACGUAGUUAAACGCGGAUUUGCGACCGACGUGCUCGUAUCCAACGUCCUUCUGGAUUCGUAUGCCAAAGGAGGCUCUCUGGCGGCCGGACGCCAACUGUUCGACGAAAUGCCUGACAGGGACGUCGCGUCCUGGUGUACCGUCAUUGCCGCGCAUGCCAGCCGUGGGCUCUUCAUUGAGGCAAUCGGGAUAUUCAAGGAGCUCUUGUCCUCUGAUCAGGUGAAACCAAACCGGUUUGUCAUCUCAUCAGUGCUGAACGCCUGUGCCAGGUCUGCUAUCAUGGAGCUUGGGCUCAUGGUGCAUGGAUUGGUGGUCAAAUCUGGCUUGGGAGCUGAUAGGUUUGUGGAAGUUGGAUUUGUCGACAUGUACGCGAAAUGUGGCAAUGUGGGUGAUGCUGUUAGGCUGUUUAAUAAAAUUCCAGUGAAGAGUUCCGUUGCUUGGAAUGCAAUGAUUUCUGGUUUUGUUGAGAACAAUUGUUUCGUAGAGGCUGCUGAGCUUUUUCUGGAUAUGCAUAGAGUUGGCAUGGCAGUGGAUGUGGUGACGUUGAGGGUAGUAGCUGGUGUUGCGGCUGUUCUGGGAACAUUUGAUCUUUCUCGGAACAUUCAUGUUUAUGCACUUAAAGUGGGCUUGGGAGUAGAUUGUUUUGUUGUGUCUGAAUUGAUCAAGUCAGCUGGGAGGGUAGGUGAAACUCAGUACAUUGGAAAGCUUGUUGCUGCUGUUAGAAGGCCUGAUGCAUCUUUGUAUUCUUUGGCUAUCUCAAGCUAUCACUCAAAUGGUUGUCAGGAUGAAGCAGUGAAACUUGCAGAAGUUUUUCUUCCUUCAGGUCUCAGUUUGAGAGAAGGAGACAUGGUUACAGUGUUAGAUAUAUGUCAAAUAGAAGAGGAGGUUCAACAAAUGCAUGCUUUUAGUUUGAAAACUGGAAAUAUCUGUUAUACUAAUGUUUGCAAUGCUCUUAUGUCGGUAUAUUCUGAACUUGGAUCACUGAUGUGUGCAGAAUUAAUCUUCAAAACUAUGCAAUCACAAGAUAUUGUAUCAUGGGCUGGAGUCAUGGCAGGCUGCGUUAAGAACCUCCAGUAUGAAAGAGCAUGCGGUUACUUUAGGCAGUUAAGUGAUGCUGGAGCACCUCUAGAUCAGCAUUGUAUUGCCACUGUCGUGAAUGCUUGCACCUUUCUUCAGGACUUGGAUAAGGGAAGGCAGAUUCACUCUUUAGCUCUUAAACUUGGGCUGCUACUUGUUGAUUAUGUCAGUGCAUCACUAGUAAACAUGUAUGCAAAAUGCCAUAGCAUUGAGGGUGCUGGUGAGUUAUUUUCCCAUGCUGUGUUCCCACGAAAUUUAGUUGUAAUCAAUGCCAUGCUUUCUGGAUAUUGCUGGAAUUUCCUGCCAAAGAAAGCUCUGCUGCUAUUUUACAGGGAAUAUCAGUUUGGUCUGCGUCCUGAUCAGUUCACUUUCUCAAUUGUUCUUGGUGCAUGUUCUGAUAUAGGAGCAAAGAAGGCUGGUGAGCAGAUCCAUGGCUACCUUGUAAAAGUUGGUUCUGAAUGCAUGGAUGUCAUUGUUGGAAAUGCUAUCAUAGACCUUUAUGUUAAGUGUGGAUGCAUUGCUAGUGCUUGUAGAUUCUUUCAUAGCAUGAAGAGUUGGAACAUCAAUUCAUAUGCCAUGUUAAUGUUGGGUUAUAUUCAGAACAGAUGCAGUGAUGAAGCUCUUCAGCUUUUCUCUAAGAUGCAGCACAGUGGAUUGCGCGCAAAUCGUGUCACCUUCGCAAGAAUCUUACGGGGUUGUGCUGAUCUAUGUGCUAUUGAUUUGGGGAGACAAUUGCAUGCUUCCAUCAUAAAAAUGGGUCUGCUUUCUGAUGUAUAUGUCACUAAUGCACUUGUAGGAAUGUACAAAAAAUCUGAUGUUUGGACUGACUCAAGAAGAACUUCUCAAGAAACUUUGGCAGGAAAUGUUCCAGAACAGGAUACCACAGAUAAUUUCAGUUUAGAAAAAAGGUACACUAGCAGGGCUCUUGAAGAAGUUGGGUUGUUCACAUUGGAUGAAGAGAAUGACCAUGUAAGUUUGGCUGAUGCUCGGAAGAACUACAUUGCUGCUGCUUCUCAGUUUUAUGGAAAUCUACUUCCCAUAGAUGUGGUUGGACGUGAACUUGGGAUCAAGACCAACAUAGGGAAUGGAAAAAAUGUCAAGUACAGUGGGAGUAAGCUUUUGCUAUAUUACAACGAUGGCAACUACCAGGGAAACAGAUAUGGAUCGGUUAAGUUAUUUAACUUGUUUCAAGAAGGCAGCCAAAAAUCUGAUCAUUUUGUCCUUAUUGUUUCCAUUGAUAGUGGGAAUUCAAAGAUAAAGGAUGCAGGAUUUGUUAAUGUCGAACCAAUGAAAAGCUAUGGUAGUGCCCCUGCACUUGGUUUUCCUCCUUGACAAACUAUAGUGCAUGAUCAGAAGUAGAGUUUGGCCUGCGAUUCUUUAUUUCAGCAAAAUUGAACUGCCAUGUUAACAUAUUGGCAUGCAAGGAAAACCAACUAUAAGCAUAGGCCAGAGUCCAUGCAUCAGCAACUUCUUAGAUCGACACAAGCAUAUGAAGUUCACAUGCUGAAUGGCUCAUUUGCAUGCAAGAAUAUAUCAGAACAUUAGCUGGUUGGCAUACAAAAGGUGACACUCUCAAACAAACGAGGGGAAAGUAGGCUGGGAAAAUCAGCUUGAGCUUUGAAUGCCAAUGUACUGGCAUUAAACUUGCAUGAAAUGGAUAUUACAGCAGAAGAGCAAGAUUGAAGAAUGACAUGCAUUUUGAUGCAUCAUUCCUAGCUACCAUCCACAAAUUCAGCAACUUCAAUGGCCUGAAAGAAGAAUAGAAGAGAAGGUACCCACAGCAUCGCUCGGCGAAACACCAAAUAUUGGUGAAGUGCAGGUGGCUGAAGCAAGAAACUUUGGCAUUUUUGCCAUUAUAUAACCUAACUGCUAUGCACCUUACUUUUUUGGUUGGUGCAUUAGGAUUAUACAUUUAUUUAUACUGUAUUGUUGUACUGACUUGAGGCUGUAAGCUGUAUCUAGAGAUGUCUAGAUUUAGGUAUAGUGUUAUUUAUACUGGUACUGUACACGCCAGACGCUCCGCUGGAUUCAGCUGGUGUGCUGGAAACUCUUACGAGUUAGAGCAACAAUGUGAAGGUCUCCCUGUAUUGUCAUUCACCAGUACUACAAACCCAAUUUUGCUACUGCUAGGAGAAUGGAAAGUUGGCAACCUAAUCAAAAUCAAUACAAAGGAAGAAGCACCUUGAUCGAGCCGGAGAGGCUUUUAAAGGUUUGGCCCUACUUCAUGCUGAAAUUGCAGUCGAACGUAGAUUAACAGAGGGGUUAGCAGAGCGUGCCCUAUUGGAAUGAGCGACUGUUCACUUCGAACCUCAUCUUUUCUGGGAGCAAUUACUUAUCCUUGGUCGCUCACAUUUCGCGUGACUCUGAUUCAAUGGAAUUGUUUGCUCUAUUUGGUCAAUGUUGUAUCACGUUUGUAUGGCGCAUGUUAUGAAAAAAACAAUGAGCCGCUAUUCCGUUUAUUUCAA